AUGGGUUUUCAUGUGGGACGACAGAUGCUGCUUGCUUCCUUCCUGCUGGUGCUGCUGCAAGUGGCGCUGCCAACGGAGGCCAGGCCACAGGAUGUGAUCACAGUGGCUGGAGAGGAGACCGAAACCGAGGUGGUGAUCAAGAAGGAUGGCGAUGGCGACGACGAUGAUUCAUCCUCUGAGGAAACAGUCGAGGACUCAGAAGAGGCUGGACGCAGGCGACGCGAGGUUGGCACGGACAAUGAGCUGCUGCCUCGCGCGGGAAUUCCAGGUUUGCCAGAUCCGGCCACCAUAAUCAAGAUCGCUGAGAUUAUUCAAUCCGUAGGCCAGCAAAUCGUUCCAAUACUGCUGGAGGCGAUCUUACCCAGCACGGACGCAGUCGGUGAUCGCAUAGCCAGGUCUCUCCACUUUCUGAACAACUUCAAGAGCAGCUUCGAUGGGGUGCCCGAUGAGAUGAAGUAAAGUUCAAGAACAGGGCUGAAAACUGUUUCAUCUGUGGUGAUUUUGGAAGCCUCAGACACUGGCAGAUAAAGGGUAAUAGAGUAUCUA